UACCCAUGUGUCGGGAAAAUAACUUUAGCUGACUUGAGAAAUUACAAAAGCGCAAUGUUGCAGCAAAAUUACAGUACUACUGAAACCUUAGUAUUUAAAAAUUCUCAAAUUUUAGCCGCAAACCCUGAACAAUGAAUCUUGCCAGACACCGCAGAUAUCUAUUCAAGGGAAACAAAAACUUUGUUUCAAUUUUCUGGAACCACAGCAUAAGUAUCAAUGGUCAGUGCCUGCACAAUGCUAACUUUACUACUGUAUCCGCCGAUUACAUUUCAAACUGUAGGGAUCAUUUGCAAACAGGGGAUUAUGCUUUUGAUGUUGUGUCAUGCAACUCAAAGAUUUCGGCUUUUGCGCAGCGUGGCCAAAUUGAGGAUGCACGCGAAGUGUUUGACAAAAUGCCUGAGCGAGAUGUUGUCUCUUGGAAUGCAAUUAUUUCAGGCUAUGCACGAUAUGGGAGAAUUGAGGAUGCACGCCAACUGUUUGAGGAUAUGCCGGAAAGAAGUGUGGUGUCGUGGAAUGCCAUGAUUGCAGGAUAUGCUCGGAAUGGAAAUAUAGAGGAAGCUUACCGAUUGUUCAAUGAAAUGCCUGAACGAGAUUUUAUAUCUUGGACUGCAAUGAUAACAGGUUGCUAUCAGAAUGGUAAAAUAGAGUAUGCACGGCAACUGUUUGACAAAAUGCCUGAACGAACGAUAGUUUCUUGGAACGCUAUGCUUGCUGGUGAGAUAUCAAAUGACAGGAUAGACGAGGCGCGCCAAUUAUUUGACGAAAUGCCAGAACGAAAUGUUGCUUCAUGGAACUCAAUGAUAACAGGAUAUGCGCGGCUUCGAAGGAUUGACAAUGCACGAGAACUAUUUGACAAAAUGUCUGAACGAAACAUAGUGUCAUGGACUGCAAUGAUUUCAGGCUGUGUGCAGAAUGGGCUUAGCGAGGAGGCUCUCGGUUACUUUUACCAAAUGCAAAAGGAAGGCUUGGAACCAAAUCAGUCCACUUUCACCAGUGUUAUCAAUUCUUGCACUAGUCUUGUGGCUCUGGAUUGUGGUAAACAUAUCCAUGCCCACAUUAUCAAAAAGGGAUUUGAGUUAAAUGUUUAUAUAGCAAGUGCUCUUGUCAACAUGUAUGCAGAUUGCGGGGAUAUGGAAAAUGCAUGCGAACUGUUCAGCAAUACAACCGAAGGAAAUGUUGUUUUAUUCACUUCAAUUAUUACAGGAUAUGCAAAGAAUGGGAAAAUACAAUAUGCACGCCAACUGUUUGAUAGAAUGCCAGAACGAAAUCUUGUUUCAUGGAAUGCAAUGAUUGCAGGUUAUGUACAAAAUAGACAUGCUGAAGAGGCCUUGGAACUCUUUUACCAAAUGCAAUAUACGAGUAUGAAAUAUAACCACUUUACACUGAACAGUAUUAUCAGUGCAUGUACCAACCAGGCCGUUCUAGAACAGGGACAGCAGAUUCAUACCCUUGUAAAAAAAAGUGGCUUUGAAUCUAAUGUUUUUUUACUCAAUGCAUUGAUUGGGAUGUAUUCUAAAUGUGGGAACAUAGAUGAUGCAUUCGAAGUAUUCAGCAGCAUUCAUGAAAAAAGCGUGGUUUCCUGGACUGCAAUGGUUGCAGGUUACGCUCAGCAUGGGCAUUGCAGAGAAGCCCUUCAUUUAUUUGAGCAAAUGAAAAAUGUGGGUUUAAAUCCAAACCACAUAACCUUUAUUGGUAUUCUAUCUGCAUGCAGCCAUGGAGGCCUAGUCAAAGAAGGUAGGCAGUAUUUUUAUUUAAUGAGUCAAGAGUAUGGUAUCACACCAAGGAUGGAGCAUUAUGGUUGUAUGGUUGACAUUCUUGGGCGUGAUGGUAAUUUAGGUGAAGCAGUUGACCUUAUUCGUAGAAUGCCAUUUGAACCUAAUGUUGUCGUCUGGAGAGCAUUGUUUCGGGCCUGCAGGGUCCAUCAAGAUAUGGAGCUGGGUCAGCUUGCAGCAGAGCAACUUUUCAAGUUGGAACCACAAAAUGCUGCAAGAUAUGUAGUCCUUUCAAAUAUUUAUGCUUUAGGUGGAUGGUUCAAUGAUGCGGAAAAUUUGCAGUUGAUGAGAAAAGAAAGGGGUCUAACUAAGAUUCUAGGUUGCUGUUGGAUUGUGUCUUCAGGAAGAGUUCACAAAUUUAUCGCAGGUGAUAGAGCACACCCUCAAACAGAGACAAUCUAUGCAACGCUAGAAAAUUUGGCUUGGCAAUUGAAGGGGUUAGGAUAUACGCCUGUCAAGGACUUUGUGCUGCAUGAUGUGGAGGAUGAGUUAAAGAAACAUAUCCUUCCUUACCAUAGUGAGAAACUAGCAAUUGCUUUUGGGCUUAUUACUUUGCCUGUUGGGACAUCGCUUCGCAUAAUAAAAAACCUUCGCAUAUGCCCUGACUGUCAUAAUUAUGCCAGGUUUAUAUCAAGAAUUAUUAGUCAAGAAGUUAUUAUUCGAGAUUCCACUUGUUUUCAUCACUUCAAAGAUGGUUAUUGUUCCUGUAAGGAUUAUUGGUAACAGAAUAAUGCACAAAACAAGAAAGAAAUUUGUCUUAGAAAAGGCAGGAUUUUGGAGAAUGGUUGUCAAGAUCACAGUAUUGCAUAAAAUGGAGUUCCAGAUGCUAUUCUUAUUAGGAGGAGAGAAUUUUGGCAAUUGCUUUUGAGACUAGACCAGCUUGCUGAUUGGUACUCCUAUUGGGAUCAUCAGGAAGCCUCAUUCAUGCUGCUACUGUCAUGUCCCAGUUAACAAUGAGCACUUAUGAAGAAAUUUGUUGUUUUUAGUUGCACUUGCUCUGAUCACUUUAACAUGUUAAUUCUUCUACAAAGAAUUACUGGUGAUGCAAAGUUUGUAUAAACACAAAGAAUUCUUUUGAUUUCAGUUAUAGUUCCAUAGCCAUAGACUUGCAUUUUUAUAAGUGAUCCAGAAAAUGUAUCAAGAUAGAAUGACCAUGGAAUCAGCUGAUGUCAUUUCUGGUUGAAAAGUUGUCUAAGAACUAUGGCUACAGAUAAUUCCCCCAUAAAAAGUUUCAGAAAUGAUCGGGUGAUGGUUUUGUACAGAUAAGACAGUGUGGAGUUUGAAGAGUUUUGACUUUUCAUUUCAACUUUUCAACAUUUGUAUUCAGUUUGGCACCAAGGAUGGACAUCGGAAAGGUUCAAGAACAUGUGAAACACAUUGUGCAAGGGUUUGCUCUCAAUUAUACUUACAUCAUGUUUAAGUUUUGACUGUUGUAAGAGGAAGAACAGGGUUACCAUGGUGCAGUGACCAUUGGCAAGUGUUUGGAGCUCACUGUACUUGUUGAAAGGGUUUCAAUUCAUCCUUUCAAUAUUGUAAACGCUUGUAAUCAACUGGAUAUUAGUGGCAUAAAGAGCUUGAACUCAAUCGUCUGGUAUUUUCAUCUUUUUUGAGGGUUUUUCCAACUGUAUUUGCAUCUUCUAUUUCUAUUGGUGGUUUGCUUGUACUUGUUCAAAUUUGUUAUCUAGUUUUCCAUGUGUUAUUGGAGUGCUGACCAAACUAAACCGAUCCUAUAAGUGUUCUGAAGCAAGACUUCAGUUGUGGAGAAGGUUUUGUGUAGAGUUGACAAGUGAAUUCUGUAAUUGGUGAUUGUUUAAGGAUUUUCUUUAACAUUUAAUAGAUCAAGUGGUAUCUGAGAAGAGUUUUGUUCACCUUGCAAGUGUGUGACUGAUAUAACAAGGCCAUUGAUUGGUUUUUCCCUCUACAAGAUCAACUGAAAGUGAGAACUUAGUUCCUUUUGAUCUGAGACCAGUACAAGAGUGGAAUGGGACAGUGAGAUCAAUGGCAAGAGAUGUAGACAGAGAAAUGGACGAGGAUGAAGUAUGGUUUAGAAGGCCGGAAGAUGAUGUUGCUCGCAUCUUGCACUUUCUAGGAAAGUUGGAUAGGCUAGAAAACAUAGUCCUAGCCUUGACUGAAACUAGGUAUUGCACAAGAACAUGAAGAGGAGAAAUAAGAGCUCAAGAAGACCAAGCAAGAAUAAAGGGAGUCUUCUUAUAAUGUUUUCUUCAAAGCUAAGGCAAAGACAGUUGUUCGGCCCUUUGAUGGAGAAAUAAAUGAAUAGAAUUUGGACCAAUAGGUUUCUCAAAUGGUGGAAUAAUUUAGUUUGCACAUGUUGUCUCUUCACCAAUAUCUCAUUUGUUAGACUUAUCUGUGCACACUUUCACGUGCAUUGAAAGCUAUGGCUAUUUCUUGCAAAUUUGUACUGUGCCACCAAUCACCAAGUGAGAGGACUUUAAGCGGCUGCCAAGAAACAAUUUUACACCAUUUGCUAUGAGGAAGAGGUAGUAAUGCAAUGACAUCGUGUCAGACAAAGACCAGUCAAAGUGUACAAGAAUUCACAAGUGAGUUUAGAAGAAAAGCAGUUCAAUUGGUUAUGUCAUUGAGUGACAAGUGCUUAUGAAAUACACAGGAAAGCAGUUUGGACACCUCAAGAGGUCUGUUUUGAUAGCCAAACCCAGAGAUAUAGAUGAAGAAUGUGCACAAACACUUUAUUUGGAAUUAGACAAGAAAAUAAGUACAUCAUACUCUCAGAAAUAGCAAGGUAAAGGACAACAGCAAGGUUGUCAUAGAGGCAUUGGUAAGGGCAAGUGGGAAAACAAGAAGAAUGUCACUGGUACCAUCAAUUCAAAGGGCAAGAACAAGGACAAAUUCCAUUAUGAGAAAGAUGGCCAUACGGGAGAGAGAUUUUUGAAUUUGCACCUAGAGUUUGUCACUUCAAGGACUAAGAAGAAGAAUCAUAAGAAUGUCACCUAUGUGAGUAAAGGAAAGACAGAAAUAAGUUGCAGCUCCAAUAUUGAUGAGAAAUUGUCACGUGCCAUGUUGUGUAAGGGUGCAUAUGUAGUGAGUGAUGGGUUUCAAGAGGAAGAGCUCACCAAACUUGUCCACAUCUAAAUCCAAGUGAAAGGGCGAAACGUAGAUGCUCUUUUUGACACAAGUUCUCAAGCAAAUCUGAUUUGACAAAAGCUGUUUUUUGAGUUUGGUUUGAAGACUGAAAGUAGCCAAAACCCUCAUUAUUUGCGACGUUGAAGCAAGGACUGGAUAUUUUAGUUACUAAGCAAUGUGACUUCAAGUUUGGACUUAACUGGGAAUUCAUAGACGAGGUGAUUAUUGAUGUGGUACCACUGAAUACGUGUUGUGCCAUCUUUGGGAGUACUUAUCUCUAUAUUUAGGAUGCCAUUUAUUUUAGAAGGAAGAAUCAAUAUAAGAUAUCCUUGAAUGGAAAAGACUUCACUCUUAAUUCACAUGUGGGCAAGUCCAAAAUAUCUAUGAUCAAUGCAAGUGGCAAGAAGAAAAAAAAAGGUGGCUGAGAUAAAAUCAGUCCAUGGGCUGCAUACAAUUAAGGAAAAGAAGAAAAAAUAUCAGCUCAUGCAUUGAUUUUCCGAGUUGUUCGUAGAGCCCAAGGGGCUGCCCACACAAAUAGCAAUUGAAUGUGAGAUCCAACUGCUUCGUAAAGUUGCAGCUGAUAGUCUCAUAGAUUAGAGAGUUAUAAAACCUUGUACUUUGCCUUGCGGAUCACCUCAUUGUGGUGGUGCCUUAAAAGGCUGGAACUUAACGUAUGUGUCACACCUUGUUUUUGGACUAGUUUAUUAUGCUAUUUUAACAAAUUAUAAAUCAAAUACUUUGCUCUGCAUUCUAAAUUAUGUUAUCAAAAUUUUGAUUUGAGGAUAAUUAUGUUGAGAUAGUUCUAUUUUUUUCAUGAUAUGCAGAAAGAGAAUGUCAGAAUUGAUAAUGACUAAAACAAAUGGAUGUGAUUUCUUUAUCUUCAUGAUUAUUGUUUAUUUACUGUUUAUAUUAUGUUAUGGAUGCUAUAGUUAAUGGACUAACUACCUUGUUGGUUAUAUGAGGUGGAUGUAGGAAAAUUGUUUCUACUCCUAGACAAGGAGGAAGAGUAUCACCGGAGGGGGGGAAGCAGGUCAAGGAGAAUGAUGAGACAUUAUGACUUUGAGAACUCACACACAUACACACGGUAUUGUGUCUUGUUGCAUGCAAGGUUACCGGGGGACACAUCCCCUGGGUUUUUUCAGGCAUCCCCGUUUCCGGGACAUCCAAGGGAUGGGAGGAUGCCUUGGGGCCAUCCUUGGGCUGUCCCCUUUUGUUGGAAAAAAAAGAAGAAGUAAACGUCCCCUUCCCAAUACACCAAAUUUUCACACUUAAACAUCUUAUUUCUGAUCAUAUGUGAGUUUUAAUACUGCUAUUCAGUGUGUUCCAGGUUUGCAUAUGUUGCAGUUUUGCUUGUUUAGUGCAAUUGAUAUAACACUGAUAUUCAAAGACAUAUAAAUGAACAGAAAUAUAGAGUGUAGAGAAAGAACCCACUAUUUCAGAAAAUAUGCAAUGUAAUCUCUUUUAUAUAACAGCAAGAGCAAUGCAAGUUCUCCACCAAUCUCAUGCAAAUUGAACACACUUCCUUUGGGAUUAUGAAUUCUGAAAGCAAUUUGACUUGAGGUUUGAAUUUGUUUAA